UUCUUCCUUGCCCUCACACACUCACAGGCGAGCGUUGACUGACAGGUCUCCACGGUAGCACGAUGCGAUGGCGAAAAAGGGUGGGGGGCGGCAGUCGCGUAUUCUGUACAGUGCCUUGCAGUAAACGGGAUUAAAGUACUCAAGCUCCUAAACAGUAGUAGUGGGCAGUUUCGUGCAGACAUCGCGGCAUGUGCACGUCUGUGUGCAGCAGCGGAGAGACGGAACCAGUUGUAGCUAGCUAGCUGGCUGGCAAGAUAGACAGCCAAAGUAGAAACGCAUAAAAAUACAUUAAUUUUAAAAGACACGCGCGUUCAACCUCUCUCCCUUGAGUGCGUCUGUUGAGAAGGAGGGGAGGGAGGGGACUGGGAAUGAAUAAAUAAGAUAAGGCUAACAUAUCGCAACAUUGAUUUAAAACUAUCUUUAGCUUUAAUCCAAGACAGCCGAGGGAACUGCAGCCACGGAGCAAUGGAGAACCAGGCAUCGGAACAGCAAAGCUACGAGGACGUGCGGAAAAGCGGCUAUCUCCGCAAGCAAAAAUCUAUGCACCGGCGGUACUUCGUUCUUCGGGCGGCCUCAGAGCGGGGCCCGGCUCGGCUUGAAUACUACGAGAGUGAGAAGAAAUUCCGCGGCAAGGCGCCUGUCCCGAAAAAAGCCCUGAACCUGGAAACAUGCUUCAACAUCAAUAAACGGGCUGAUUCUAAAAACAAGCACAUGAUCGUCCUCUACACCCGCGCGGAAAGCUUUUCCAUCGCGGCGGAGAGCGAGGCGGACCAGGACGAGUGGUUCCAGGCCAUGCUGGACCUCCAGUGCAAAAGCAAAACCCCCCAUGACAGCGGAAGUGGCGGUGACUAUGGAGUUCCCUCCCCAGGCCCCGCCUUCAAGGAGGUAUGGCAGGUGAAGGUGUGGCCCAAGGGGCUGGGCCAGGCCAAGAACCUGGUGGGCAUCUACCGGCUGUGCCUGACGGAGAAGACGGUGAACUUCGUGAAGCUGAACUCGGACGCGGCGGCGGUAGUGCUGCAGCUGAUGAACGUGCGCCGCUGCGGCCACUCGGAGAACUUCUUCUUCGUGGAGGUGGGCCGGUCCUCGGUGACGGGGCCUGGCGAGUUCUGGAUGCAGGUGGAGGACUCGGUGGUGGCGCAGAACAUGCACGAGACCCUGCUGGAGUCCAUGAAGGCGCUGAGCGAGGAGUUCCGCCAGCGCAGCAAGUCACAGUCGGCGGCGGCGGCCGGGGGCGGGGCCACGGCCUCCAACCCCAUCAGCGUGCCCUCACGGCGGCACCACCCCAACCCACCACCCAGCCAGGUGGGGUUCACCCGCCGGCCGCGCACCGAGCCCCCUGGAGGUGCGGGGGGCGCCGGCAGCAACAACACGUCCCCCACCCCCCGGCACAGCUUCCCCAGGGCCCGCACAGCCAGCGACGGCGGGAAAGUGGAGGAAGGCGGGGCAGCGGCCGGAGGAGGGUUGCCCAGCUCCAGCCCAAACGGCUCCUGCUCCACCACCCCCACCCUCAGGCCCAAGAGUGCCCGCACCCCCACCCCUGCAAAGACCCCCGUCACCCUGAUGCGCUCUGCCUCCACCCCGGCGCCCUCACCGGCCCCCAGCCUCUCCUCCAGCUCUGGCCACGGGUCCGAGUUUGGAGGCGGAGGGGGAGGAGCGGCGAGUGCAUACAGCCGCCUCCCUCACCGCACGUCGGUGUCCGGCUCCCCCAGCGACUACGGCUCCUCGGACGAGUACGGCUCCAGCCCCGGCGAGCACUCCCAGCUGACCCCUGAUCUCCCAGGGGGCUCGUCCGGGAGCCUCAGCUACCACCCUCUGGGGGAUGAGGCCUCCAACUACAUCAUGAUGGGCCAGCGGGGGGCGCCCACGCCCCUGCAGACGCAGGCCUCCCACCCGCCCACCCGCAGGGUCCUCCGGCGCUCCUCCAGCCGGGAGUGCGAGGCCGAGCGCCGCCUGCUCAGCAAGAGGGCCUCGCUGCCCCCCAUGGCCCUGGACCGGCUCGCCCCGCACCGGCGGCCCGACGAGGAGGCUGAGGAGGACGACUACGCCGUCAUGUCGCGCAGCACCAGCCGCGAGUCCUUCACCUCCCGCCGCGACUCCGGCAUGGGGCCCGGCGCUGGCGGCUACCUGGAUGUGGCCGGGGAGUUCCGGGAGAAGAGCGAGGGCGGCGGGGCCGGCGGGGGGGUGGACAACGGCUACAUGUCCAUGCUGCCCGGGGUAACGGCGCCCCCCGUCUCCCUCUCCCAGUCCCUCUCGGUGGCUGUCUCCGACUCCGCCUCCAAGCCGGCCGAUGACUACAUGGCCAUGACCCCCAACAACAGCGUGUCCCCCCCGCAGCAGAUCCGGCCCCCACCCGCCAGCUCCGACGGCUACAUGAUGAUGUCGCCCAACAGCAGCUGCUCGCCCGACCAGCGUGGGAUGGGCGGGGCCUGGGUGGGCAGCAGCAGCGCCGACAGCAGGGCCGGCAGCGACUACAUGAACAUGUCCCCCAUCAGCGCCCGCUCCGCCAACAGCACACCCCCGCCGUCCGAGGGCCUGCCCCACCCCGAGCUGCUCCCGCAGCCUCCGCCGCAGGCUGCUCCCAAGAUGGUCUACUCCUACUACUCCCUUCCUCGCUCUUACAAGCACAUGCCACCCGUGCACUUCGAGGAGGACGGUGGGCGGGGCCGGAGGGCCGGCGGCAGGGGAGGGGGCAGGGGCGCGGCCAACCCCAGCAGGCAGGAGCCUUCCGCGGCCUCAGCGGUUGGGCGCCACCUGUCCCUUUCCUCGUCCUCCUACUCGUCCAGCUCGGCCAGCAGCGAGAGCCUCGGGGAGUCGGAGGAGAAGCCGGCGCGGGCCGCAGUGGGCCGGGGCUCGAAGGACGGGACGCUGCAGCAGAGGCGGGGCUCCGCCGGCCAGCAGCCGGGCCAGCAGCAGCAGAGCCGGCGUCCCGUCAGCCUGUUCGUGGACGUGUCCAAAGCCAACACCCUCCCCCGGGUUCGGGAGACUCCCCUCCCCCCGGAGCCCAAGAGCCCCGGGGAGUACGUCAGCAUCGAGUUCAGGGGAGACAGGGACAGGGGUGGAAGAGGAGGAGGAGGGGGAGGAAGGGGGCAGGGUCUGGGAGUCUCUCUGCCACCGGGACCCUCCAGGCCCUUGCACCGACCGACUUCCUGCCUGGCUGGAUUCCUGCCUCUUCCUCGGAGCCCUUCAACACCCCUGACCCCACCCACCGCUUCCGAGUACGUCAACAUGGACCUGGGUCCCUCCCCCUCCCCCUCCCCCUCCCCUCUCUCCCUGACACCCCUGGGCUUCCCUUCCUUCCCCACCCCGACCGGGGUUGCCCCUAAAGCCCGGGACGAGAGCAGGAUGCCCCUGCGAGCAGAGGAAGGGGCGGAGGCGGGGCACCGGAAGGACAGCGCGACUGACUCGCCCACCUCAUGUGGUGACUACACGGAGAUGGCCUUCAGCCUGGGCGCUGCCUCCACCCCCAGCUCCAUGACCUCGCCCAAACCCCCCUCCCCCGGCAGGCACGACCAGCAGGGCCCCGAGCUGGGCCUGGGGCUGGGACUGGACUUUUCCCUGGCCAAGGCCGGCCCUAACCCCGACCAGGGGGCCAAGGUGAUCAGAGCUGACCCCCAGGGCCGCCGGCGACACUGCUCCGAAACCUUCCUUGCCUCUCCACCCAUGCCCCCUCCCUCCUCCUCUUCCUCCUCUUCCUCUUCUUCCCUCUACACCGAGCACACCCAAUCAGUGGCGCGCCGUCUCGGGUUUGACGGCAUGCUCUGGGGCAACGGAGCCGCCUCGGAGGCCCCCACUCAGUGCGCCAACACCGGGCCACCCACCGCACCCGCAGCCCAGGCUUCGUCCAUGGAGCAAGGCCUCAACUACAUUGACUUGGACCUAGUAAACAAGGAAAACCCGCACUCUGCCCUGGAGGGGCCCGCGGCCUCCCAGCCCCUCCCCGCCCGGCUCUACUCCACCGUGAUGAGCAGUGGGGCCGGCGGGGGCGGGGGCGGGGGCGGGGGCGGCAGCGUGGGCGGGGCCGGCGCUGCCUCCAACCUCAACACCUACGCCAGCAUCGAUUUCUACAAGUCGGAGGAGCUGAGGACGCAUCACAACAGCAGCAAGGACGGCACAGAAUGUUGACGCCUCUCACCCCUGACCCCGUCCUCGGAAUUAUGGGAAAUGGAGUUUCUGAGGAGCACCGAUCCCGAUGUCCUCGUCCGGCCGUGAGCGGAAACGGAAGGGGUUGGGUGCGCAUCUCGAACACUUUCAGAACCUGAGGAGUUGGAAAGCCCCCUGAAGCACUUUGAUCGAACCAAUUUACGGUUUAUUUUUGCUUUGCCAAUUGGUUGCCACAACCAAUGGGAGUAUGUGCCAAAAGACUCUUGGCCCAUUCAGAUCCCACAGCAGGGGAACCCAACAGCCAAUCAGAAUCGGGUAUAGAGACUCUGACUGCCAACCAAGAGCCAAUAACUUUUUUUUUUCUUUUUAUCAUAACCAGGAACUAAAA